UCCCUCAAAAUUCGGGGGGAAUUAGGAAUAUUGAUUUCUAUAUAUUAUUAUUAAAAACAAAAAUCAAAAUCAUACCGUUUUUGGAAGGUAGGAGAGAAUUAAGGUAGAGUAGGAAUACAACUAAGAUUGACCUCCUUCUUAUUUUUUAUUUCCUCAAAACACCUAAUGGAAUUAGGAAUGUUGAUUUCUAUAUAUUAUUAUUAAAUACACGCAAUCUUGCAUGAGAAUAGUUUCAGUUUCAGUAAUGGCGGAGGAACAAGAUCGAAUAUCGCACCUGCCUGAUGACAUAUUGAUAAGAAUCUUGGGUUUACUUCCUACUAAGGACGUUGCUCGAUCCAGUUUACUCUCACAGGCAUGGCGAAAGCUGUCUCCUUUUUCCUCUCUCUCUCUUUUAAUGUUUCAGUGCCCGGAUUUUCUCGAGUCAUGUCGCAAAAACACUGAUGUCUCCUCAUUCAUCAAUGCCAUCGAUUCCUCCCUAAGACUCCGUCCGAAAGACGUAAAUCUUGCGAGACUUCGGCUCCAUCUGGAUCUCGAUGACAUCGAAUCGGAAUCGCUGAUAGACUCAUGGAUCGACGCGGCACUUGAGAGGAAGGUGAAGGAGCUAGACCUAUAUUUGCGACCUAGGUCAAUAGCAAAGCCUUACGGCUUGCCGGCUAAAAUUUUUUCUACCACAACAAUUACAGUUCUCAGUUUAGAGCAAUGCAGAUUGGAAAUCUGUGGUGAUAUAGAUCUUCCGGCGCUACGAAAGUUGUGUUUAAGACAAAUCCGGUGUGAUGAACAAGCAAUUCGGCAACUGAUAUCAAGUUGCCCGUUGAUCGAGGAUUUGGACAUUGCAUCUUGCGGUGGUUUGCAAAAACUUCAUGUUUCCGGGCUUGCUAAUCUACAUAGGCUUGAAGUAAUUUGCUGUUAUAAUUUGAGAAGGAUAGAAAUCGAUGCACCAAGCCUUCAACAUCUCGUCUAUCAUUGUGGACGCUUGCCGUGUGACAUGGUCUUGACGCCCUGUGAAUUUCUGAGAGAACUAAUACUCCAUGAUCCACAUAUAACAAAUGAUUUCCUCCAAAAUCUCGACUCUGGAUUUCCGAAUCUUGAGCGAUUGGAGAUAGACUCCACUCGAUUGCAAAGGAUUGAGAUUUCGCAUCAUCAGCUCAAGAGAUUAGAACUAAAACUAACUCCAUUGCAGAAGGAGGCGAAACUCAAGAUUGAUGCUCCAAAUCUCCAAUCAUUUACGUAUUCGGGCUAUAGAAUGCCUUUAACCUCUACGAUAUCAUCUAUGAAUACUUCAUCUCUGCGGGAAGCCGAGAUUCACUUCAGGAAUUAUAAUGAUUAUAGCCAUUUUUUCAUCCCUCAAUUGAAGGAAUUUUUUGAAAAAUCGAAGAAUUGCCAAGUUAUAAAUUUACUCAUAAAAUCCAAAGAGGAGCUCAUUAUUCCUAGAAAGCUGAGACCAAUUCUAUCUCCCCCUGUUUAUGAUAUCAAGCAUUUAUAUUUAAGGGUAUCGUACUGCAGUAGAUUCCAGUACAUCAUAGAUCGCAUGCUUUGGAUGUGUCACCCUCAAACUUUAUCAAUUCUAUCCGGGACCAAUGUCAGGUUCUUGAAGGUCUUAUAUAACAAGUUUAGGAACAAAGAGGAGAACCCCAAGUGUUGUACAUCUUGUUCCAUCAAAUGCUGGCGGCAUUAUUUGAAAGAUGUUCAAAUUGAUAGUGAUGAAAGCAGAUUGGAAAUUGACCAAAUUAUUGCGAUGCCAGAGUUAUCUCAGAAAUCUACGAAUUGCAAAGUUAGGUUUAGAUUAAAAUGGCGAUCUCAACUACUUUAGAAUAUUGGACUU